AGACGGACAAGACGCAUCCUUGGACCUGACGUCUUCUUUAUAAUUUAUAAAAUAGACGAUUGGGAGAACUGAUACGAGAGAGAGAAUUGAAGAAACAAUAGGGAAAUUGAAUGCAAGAAAAAGGAAGUCUCUUUUCUCUACGGAAUCGAUUACCGAAACUUGUUUCUUUUCUGUAUCAACUUCCUGGACAAACUACACCUUUAUUGAAUUUCUACGAUUUUUUUUGCUUUUUUCAUUAUUUGUAUCAUAUUGAGGAAAAUCUGAACUUGUAAUACAUUAUUACUUUGUGUGGUGGUGAAAUUUGGCUUCAAAGGAACCAUUCUUUUGUGGUCGCAGAUUCGAAAGAGGCAGCAGCUAGUUUUCUUCAAAUUUCUUUCAAUAAUAAUCUUUAAAUUAGCAAGGAUUGUGUAUGAUGAGAUACUUCUUGGAUUUUAUGAUCUUCGGAGUAAAUGAAUUCUUUUUACAGUGUGCGUGAGUGAUGGUCAGUGGGCACAAAGUUGUUCAUGCUCUUCGCAUAUUCAAAUGGAAAUGGCAUGCUAGAUCAUCUCUAACUACUGGUUUGCUUGAUGAGAUACCUCAUGGAAUUGAAUUGUCUGACUAUCAUAAAGCACCAAGCCAUGGUAGUGAAAGCCCUUCUGGGCUUCUUGAUGGGGAUACUUUAAUUUUGGAACCAAUUGGUGAUCUGGACCUGUUUUUUCAAAGGAUUUACAGCUACUACUGUGAGAAAGGCCUUUGGUGCAUUAUCAUAAAGUGGAUAUUUGAGCUUCUGAGCCUGGCUUUUACCAUAUGUUUCUCUGGGUUCUUCUUGUUGUAUGUUGAUUGGAAUGGCCUUCGCAAUGCAAAGUGUGGGAUGGUUGCAGUGGAAUCUGGAAUUAAGCCUUGUGACCUAUCCAAGGAAGCUUUGCAUGAGCAUCCACUGACUCCUUUUACCCUUAUCAAAUCCAUAAUUGUGGGCUAUCUGGCAAUAUUUUCCAUCUAUUGGAUUUUUUGUUUUUUGAGGUUCUUUGCACAGUUAAAGGAGACUCUUAAGAUCCGCCACUUUUACCACAACAGUCUCCAUGUGACAGAUAAGGAGAUACAAACCACCCCAUGGGCUUUGAUUCUUGAAAAAGUCGUCAAGGUUCAAAGUGUGCAACAACUAAGUGUGGUCAAGGAUCUUUCUAUUCAUGAUGUAGUGAUGCGAUUGAUGCGAAAGGAGAAUUAUUUAAUUGGAAUGCUCAACAAAGGAGUGCUUGCAUUACCUAUUCCUCGGUGGAUCCCUGGUGCUGGUUCAACUGUCAGUGUUGAUCCAGACGGUUUGCAACGUCGUCUAGUACUGCCGAAGACCCUUGAAUGGACCUUGAACUGGUACAUUUUAGAGAGUAUGUUUGACAGAAACUUCUGCAUACGGAGGGAUUUUGUCUCUGAUCCUAAAACAUUGAAGAAAAGGCUUAUGAUUGUUGGCUUUGCUAUGCUGCUACUCUCUCCAUUCCUUGUUAUAUUCAUGCUAGUAUAUCUCUUCUUGAGGCAUGCCGAACAGUUCUAUAAUCAUCCAAGUACAGCAUCAUCUCGACGAUGGUCAAAUCUCUCGAAGUGGAUGUUCAGGGAAUUCAAUGAGGUUGACCAUUUGUUCAAGCACCGGAUGAAUACCAGUAUAGUACAUGCUUCCGAUUAUAUAAAGCAAUUCCCUUCUCCGAUCUUGACCAUUGUUGCAAAGUUCAUUUCGUUUGUUUCUGGUGGCUUUGCUGCUGUUCUCAUUAUCAUUGCAUUCCUGGAAGAAUCUCUGCUGGAAGGCCAUAUAUUCGGUCGAAACUUAUUGUGGUAUGCUGCAGUUUUUGGAACUAUAACAGCUAUAAGCAGGGCUGCAAUGAUUGAUGAGCUUCUUGUCCUUGAUCCUCAAGGGGAGAUGUUACUUGUUGUCCAACAUACACAUUAUAUGCCAAAAAGAUGGCGUGGGAAAGAGAACACUGAAACUGUACGGCUGGAGUUUGAAACUCUCUUUCAGUACACUGGAAUGAUGUUACUGGAGGAUAUGGCCUCGAUCUUUCUCACACCAUAUUUACUUCUAUUUGUUGUCCCAAAGCGGGUGGAUGAUAUCUUGCAAUUCAUUAUGGACUUCACUGUGGAUGUUGAAGGUGUAGGUCAUGUUUGCAGUUUUAGCCUCUUUGAUUUUGAAAAUCAUGGCAACAGAAAAUAUGGUUCACCAUUUAAUUCAUCUCGCAACCAGAGGAGUUCCCAGGGGAAAAUGGAAAAAUCGUUCUUGAGCUUUCAGAUAACGUAUCCUUCAUGGGAACCAGGUGCUCAAGGGAAGCAAUUUAUUGCAUCACUCAGAACGUUUAGAGAUCAAAAGUUGCAAGGUCAGGAAAUGAUAGUUGGGCAUUUCACUCCGGGGUUGCAGCAACUAUCGAAUCAAAAUUUUAGAGGCUUAGGUGACAGAAACAACAGCUUCUUGUGGGAAACGCCCUUUACUAAUAGGGGAACUUUUGAUCAGUUUGGUUCAAUGUGGCUUAUAGAUGGUGAACAGAAAAACUUUCCAUAUAUUAUUGAUUGGUUUUAUACCUCACAAAAUCAUGAGAGAGCUGAUAAUCUAAGAAACGUUCCAUCAAGACGUGAUGAGGAGAACUCUAAAGAUUUCUUGGUCCCACCCCACUUUAUGCGAAAUGAAACACAAAAUGAAGAAAGAUAUUUGGAUAACUGGGAAAGAUCAGUUGAGGAUAGAAUGAAGAGUGAACUCGAAGCAUCCACGUCAGCCCCUCUCUUCCGGGAAAGUGUCCUACAGCAUCACGAUUCACACAAUGUAGGAGACCCUACUAGGAGUCAUUGGUGGGCAAGAACUAGUCCACAGGAUGCAGGUCUGCAGACUAGUUUUCUAGAGCCACCUAAUUUCUUUCACGAUGCUUCUCGUGAUUAUUAUGAUCAUUUCUCGGAAGGAGGUGUAGAGGAGGAACCGGAACAACUCUUGGACUGGAGAAAUUCCAGGAGAUUGUCACGGACUUUCUAUAUGGACAACUUAGAGGCUGGAGAAUUUAAUCUUGCAUUCGAUGAUAUAUAUAGAAGGCCUUCGGAGAGUCCCUCCGAGGAUGCUGAUCCUGCAAAUGUUGUGUGAUAUGUUCUAUGUCUAGUAACCAUUGAAUAUGUAAGACUUUCCUCGUCUGGGUUGUUCCAUCAUUAAAAAAAAUAUAUAAAUUUGUGAAAAAAUGAAGCUCUACAUUCUUUGCUAUAUAACUAGAUUGAUCUGGACUGGCAUAAUCUGGAAGGUGAGUAGAUGCUAAAGUCACCACUUACCUGUCCAAAAUUGUAAUAGAAAUAUCUUUAAUCCAAGCGUCCAUUUCGUGUACUGUUCAGGUUUCA